AGUGCAUUCAUGUAGGGGUAGAAAUGAAAGUCCAGAGAGAACAAAAAGCCCACACAGACUAAGGUGUGAUUUGAUGAUAAUUAUGGAGAAAAUAGGAAGCCACUGUUCUCCAAGAGGUGAGAACUGUGAAUCUUUCCGUUUGGGUGUGAGACGUGGAGAGGCUGAGUAGAGAAAAUACUCUUGGAGGAAGAGAGAUGAGAGACGGUGUCAAAGGUGACUUCCCAGCUGGGGAAAUCUGCAUUGUAACAGCAGGAAGAAAGGAGCAAGGAGAGAAAGAGAAAUGCACCACACCUCAAAAGAUUUCCUCUUUGGGAAGGAGAGGAGUGGUUUGAAGCUUGGUGGGCGUCUUUGGCUGGGCCGGGGCUUUGGACGGCGCCGGCGGAGCGGCGAGAGCCAUGGAUGAGGAGAUCGUGUCCGAGAAGCAAGCGGAAGAGAGCCACCGGCAGGACAGCGCCAACCUGCUCAUCUUCAUCCUGCUGCUCACCCUCACCAUUCUCACGAUAUGGCUCUUCAAGCACCGCCGGGCCCGCUUCCUGCAUGAAACCGGCCUGGCUAUGAUUUAUGGUCUUUUGGUGGGCCUUGUGCUUCGAUACGGCAUUCAUGUUCCAAGUGACGUAAAUAAUGUGACCCUAAGCUGUGAAGUGCAGUCAAGCCCAACUACCUUAUUGGUAAAUGUUAGUGGAAAAUUUUAUGAAUAUACACUUAAAGGAGAAAUUAGUUCACAUGAACUCAAUAACGUUCAAGAUAAUGAAAUGCUUAGAAAGGUUACCUUUGAUCCAGAAGUAUUUUUCAACAUAUUGCUUCCUCCUAUCAUAUUUUAUGCAGGAUAUAGUCUGAAAAGAAGACAUUUUUUUCGAAACCUUGGGUCAAUCCUAGCAUAUGCUUUUCUUGGAACAGCAAUUUCUUGUUUUGUAAUUGGGUCAAUAAUGUAUGGCUGUGUCACACUGAUGAAAGUAACUGGACAGCUUGCGGGAGAUUUUUACUUUACAGACUGUCUGCUGUUUGGUGCCAUUGUAUCAGCAACUGACCCAGUGACUGUCCUUGCCAUAUUCCACGAGCUUCAAGUGGAUGUUGAACUCUAUGCACUUCUUUUUGGGGAGAGUGUCCUCAACGAUGCUGUUGCCAUAGUGCUGUCUUCCUCAAUAGUGGCAUACCAGCCAGCUGGAGACAACAGCCACACCUUUGAUGUCACAGCCAUGUUCAAGUCUAUUGGGAUUUUCCUUGGGAUCUUCAGUGGCUCUUUCGCAAUGGGUGCUGCUACUGGGGUGGUAACCGCUUUAGUGACAAAGUUCACCAAAUUACGGGAGUUCCAGCUGUUGGAGACAGGCUUGUUCUUCUUGAUGUCCUGGAGCACCUUCCUCUUGGCUGAAGCAUGGGGCUUCACAGGUGUGGUUGCAGUGUUGUUCUGCGGCAUCACACAGGCCCAUUAUACCUACAAUAAUCUGUCCACCGAGUCUCAGCAUAGAACUAAACAGUUGUUUGAGCUUCUCAAUUUCUUGGCAGAGAAUUUCAUCUUCUCCUACAUGGGACUGACACUGUUCACCUUCCAGAACCAUGUCUUUAACCCAACAUUUGUAGUGGGUGCAUUUAUUGCUAUUUUCUUGGGAAGAGCGGCUAAUAUUUACCCCUUGUCCCUCUUACUUAAUUUGGGUAGAAGAAGUAAGAUUGGAUCAAAUUUUCAGCACAUGAUGAUGUUUGCUGGCCUCCGUGGCGCGAUGGCAUUUGCCUUGGCCAUUCGCGAUACUGCCACUUACGCACGGCAAAUGAUGUUCAGCACCACACUUCUGAUCGUGUUUUUUACCGUGUGGGUAUUUGGCGGUGGUACCACUGCCAUGCUUUCAUGCUUGCAUAUAAGGUACUGUGCUAGACUCUGGGGCUACAGAGAUGAAUUGAGACAUGGCCUUUACCCUCAAGGAACUCACAGUCUAUUUGGGGAGACUGACAGGGUUGGUGUUGAUUCCGACCAAGAGCACUUGGGUAUCCCUGAAAAUGAGAGAAGAACCACUAAAGCCGAGAGUGCCUGGCUUUUCCGCAUAUGGUACAACUUUGACCAUAACUAUCUGAAGCCGCUGCUGACACACAGUGGGCCUCCUCUCACUACAACGCUCCCUGCCUGCUGCGGGCCCAUCGCCAGAUGCCUGACCAGCCCCCAAGCUUAUGAAAACCAGGAGCAAUUGAAAGACGAUGACUCCGAUCUUAUUCUCAAUGAUGGCGAUAUUAGUUUGACGUAUGGGGAUUCCACUGUGAACACCGAAUCAGGAGCAUCCGGUGCCCCUAGGAGGUUUAUGGGAAACAGUUCUGAAGAUGCCUUGGAUCGGGAGCUUGCGUUUGGGGACCACGAACUGGUCAUUCGGGGAACACGCCUGGUUCUUCCUAUGGAUGAUUCUGAGCCCCCGUUAAAUUUGUUAGAUAAUACACAAAUAAGACACAGUCCAGCCUAAGCUUACUAAUACUCACCUAGUGGUUUGUAAACUUUGCACAUGUGAUUGUGAAGAAAUUUGUACUACCUAAAAAGUCCCAGUGCAUGUCUCUGAAUGUUUAAGCUAUAUAAAUGCUCUUUAUAUGGCAUCGAGAGAAUAUAAAUAUCCUGUACAAGGCAGAUUGUGAACAAACUAUUCUUUUAUGUUUCAUUGGCUGCACUAUGUAGAUUGGAUCUGUUUUAGAAAAAAGUUAUUUUCACAGUGAUGUUGUGUGUUCCGUUAGCUUUACGUCUCAGUUAAAGUACACAAAGUGACAGAUUUACUCUUUCUUACACUUACCUGAUACUUAACCAGAGUACCAAGUUCUUGUGCCGUGAAUUAAUUUUGUUUCGUGGGAGGGGAGGGAGGGGAAAGAGGGAGCGUUAUCUCUGGGAUAGCCCAGGGACGGAGAGGUUCCUCUGUUGGGAAACUUGUGUUCAUUGCUACUGCCUUGGUCGUGACCUUUGUCUUUCCUUUUUCUCCGGUGGCCUGUUGUGGCAUUAGAGGCUGAUGGUGUUCGGAUCUUGUCCCGUUGGGAGUUGGGAGUGAAGUGGGGGGGCCUCUUCCCCCCACCCUUGCUAGGAAAGAACAGAUUCAUUGACUAUAGCAUACUGGUGUUCAGAAAAGAAGGGCUACAGAUGACACCCAAGACUGUGUUGCUUUUCUCCCAGACCAAGACCAUAGGAAGGAGUCGUAUCCUCCUGCCCGGCUAGCCAAAGCACGGGUGUACAUGGCACAGGGCAGGUGGUUUGCAUCGGUGGGGGCCGGGGCAGAGCGCGGGAGCGGAGUCAAGAGAAGCGGGGGGUGCUUCGGAGAGCUCUCUUCCCAGAAGUGUAAAUAUUCCAUACCAGAUAAGUUUAAAUAAGAAACUCAGUGCUGCUUACUUUUGGAUUAUAUACUUUAUCUGUAUAGCAAGCUUUGUGGUCAGAUGUUUUUAUAUCGAUUUAAAUCGCUGCUCUUUAGCAGCCAAACAGGAGCAAAAUGUAAAAUUUUUGAACUUUACUGUGUCUCAUUGUCAUUCGUUCGUCUGUAGUUGAUGUUUAAAGUUAAUUUAUGACUCCCAUGAUCGUUCCACACUACAUCAAGGUCAGUCGGGGAGAAGCGCACCGCUUUGGAACUCAUCGUAAGGGCAGUGUUCCUUUACGUGCUCCGGCUAGACUUGUCUUCCUCUCCAUGUUACUUUUUAAUAUGAAAUACCGAAGCUGCCAUGUGGGGUGUGUGGGUGUGGGUUUGUUUUUUCUUUUACAGUUUUCAAGGAAGAGUACAUAGCAACUUCCCAUUUCCUACUCAGAGAAUGAAAGUAGAUUCUAUUUUGUAAUGCUGAAAAAUCCUACAGGUGCAGCAAAUGCUUCAAAGGGGGAUACGUUCUGAUGUGGAUCCUGACCUGUUGUUAAUGUUUCGGAAGACAGAUGGGAACUUUUGUGGGUCUUCCCCCCGCCUCGGGUCUGAGUAGCAUUGCCUUAAAUCUUAACCCGCUUCGCAAACUGACGUGUUUACAUGAUGUUCAAAUUUCCCAGCAAAAGAUGUCUUUCCAAACAAAAUAUGUACUUAUUCUCCCCAAGGUGUCUGUACUGUUGCGAACACUCUGAGAUUUUAAGGGAAUUCUACCGUCGGACUCUUGAGCGGCAGCUCUAACUGUUGGCAUAGCCAUUUGUUACGUAGUGGUAGCGACUUUCCUGCUAUGCAGGAGCCCCGUGACGUGUGCAUUCGAGAGGACGCGCGCCUCUUCUUACAGGCUCUCAUUUCUUGUUAAUGUGUGUUUGAGGGGCUUUGAACUUCAGCGUCAUUCACCCACGAAGUUAUUCAAGUUGUAAAAGGUCAUACACGAAAUUAACAACUACCUUUUUUAUUCUGUCAGGUUACUGAGCUCACUUUAGGAAAAUGGCUGUAAAUACUUCGCAUGACACAGUCAGUAACUCGUCUCUUUCAGCAUGCAUCAGACUUUUUCUUAGGGAAACCGAUACAGCUUGAGUCAACUAAAUCUGCCUUCGUACUUUAUCAAAGGGGAACCAAGGCUGCUGUGCUUAUAUCAGCAUCUGGAAGCUUCUCCUCUCCUCUAAUCUGUGUGCACAUCUCCAAGCAAAGAAGAACCAACAAACUGCUCAUAUACCCGUCGCUUUUCGACUCCUGAGUGAACUCGAAUGAAGGACGGUCUGAGUUACCAUCACGCACAAAGGAGAGCCGCUCUCGGACUUAACUGUUCUGUUCUUUGUGAGCCCUGCGCGUUUGAGUGACUCAAACAUUGCAUCUUUCAAAGUUAUUUUGUAAGGUUCCUUGGCAUUUUAUCCUCGUUGUCCGUGUUUGGCAAUGUGCUGUUAAAGAAAUAGACUUAAUCUGUAUGUAUUUUUUCGUUUUCCCUUGGAGUACUUGGACAGAUGUUAUAGUGGUUUCUUUUAGGAAAAUCUGUCAUUAAAAAAAAUUAUAGCCUUGCAAAUAA